GGGGGGGGGGUUUGACAGCUGUGAUGUACCGCGCAGUUACAUAGGCAGUAGGAGAUCGGGGAACGAGAAGGGCCUUUUAUUGAUUUAUUUCCCUUUCUUUCGUUUUCUCGACGAUAACCUUGAUAGUGAUGUCUUAUCUGAUAUCUCCCCCCAACCCCUCUAUCGCAGGCGUGCACGUCCUAAAUGAUGCCCUUGCACCCAAAAACAAAAAUUGAAUGUUGCCAUCAUCCCUGCCUUCCCAGUCCGGGGCGAAGGAUUUCCAGGGAUCGCAAUCACCAAAGUCUGUGUGUGAAUCUGCCCUGAACUUGGGUACCGGUAUCCGUUACCCCCGUACCAAACAGAGUCCGAAGAAGCCAAGAGAGAUCAUCGCCGUUCGAAUACGUCAAUCUGCAGCGCGGCAUCAUUGGGGGGAGAGAGAAACGAACGGCAGACAUUCACGUAACCAAUUCAACAGUCCACUUUCAGAGUUUCCUCAACGAUUGAAACCUUGUCAAGUCAACAGAGGCGUUAUCGACCCCGCGAAUGAUGGGAGAAAUAUGGAGCCCGCCCGGGCGGGAAGAUGCGCCCGUCUCGUCCAGCAGCAUCCACUCGAGUCUGGACUAUCUCCCUCGGCUCCCUGUGGGGGGGUUUUGAGAACAUGCCAUUCACAACCACACUUGCUUUUUUUUAAUGUGCCAGCUUUCUAUGGCGCUGCAUGGCAACCAUGCGAAAGUCUCGACGGCAAGUUGCAUGUUUGUGAUAAAACAAUCCCAUCUGCUAGUCCCCCUCGGCUAGCUAUCGUGACUGGACUGUUUGGGAGUUGUGGGUGGGUAUAUGUAGCGUGAGGGUCUCGAGGAGUACAUCUGUGCUUGAUACUACUUGUUUAAGGCUGAAGGUUCUGGGUGCUCUUACAUCUUGCGACCGAUCUCGUCGUCAAUGAUACAGCCGUCAUGCUGCGUGGAUUCUAGAGAACGAUGACGAUCAAGAAAUGUCUAGCCUACAGACAAUUUAAGUCUAGAGUCUCAUAUUCACCACUCUUGGGAUUCUUCCCCUGUUCACGUUGCUGUCGUCCUCCCAAGUAUCCUUAUUUACAUUCGACCGCCGUUUGUACGAUCAGAAGUCCAUAUCCAAAGAAACUUUACGAUAUUAGAAUGACUGACGCUUU